AUGAAUGAGUUAAUGAAUAUACUUCCAGAAGAUGAAAAUGAAAGUGUGAUAGAUGUGGAAAAUCAAACUGACAAUAAAGAAAAUACCACUGAUGAAACUGAUGAUAAAAAUUUAAUAGAUUAUGAAUAUGUAAUGGAUAAAAAUAAUUAA